AUGUCUCGGUCACAGUUCCUCCGUGAAUACAAGCUUGUCGUCGUCGGCGGUGGUGGUGUCGGCAAGUCGGCGCUUACUAUCCAGUUCAUCCAAAGCCACUUCGUCGACGAGUACGACCCCACCAUUGAAGAUUCGUACCGGAAACAAUGCGUCAUUGAUGACGAAGUUGCUCUCCUCGACGUGUUGGAUACUGCAGGGCAGGAAGAAUAUGGUGCCAUGCGCGAACAAUACAUGCGCACGGGCGAGGGGUUCCUCCUGGUCUACUCCAUCACCUCCCGCAAUUCGUUUGAGGAAAUCAGCACUUUCCACCAACAAAUUCUGCGUGUCAAGGACCAGGACUCGUUCCCCGUCAUCGUCGUUGCCAACAAGAGCGACUUGGAAUACGAGCGGCAGGUCGGGGCCAACGAGGGCCGUGACCUCGCGAAGCAUUUCGGCUGCAAGUUCAUCGAGACUUCAGCCAAACAGCGGAUCAACGUCGACGAGGCCUUCAGCCUUCUCGUACGUGAGAUUCGGCGGUACAACAAGGACCAGCAGACCGGUCGUCCCGGUGUGCAGCCCAACAUGCCCAGCCAGCCCGGAGUAUACGGCGCAGGGAACCAGCAUCCAGAUGAUGGAGCUGGUGGCUGCUGCGGUGGUUGCGUUGUUGCGUGA